UUUCUCUAUGUAACUCUGAACUUCAGAUAAAGAAAAGAAACAGUUUUGACAUUUUUAAUGCAAUGGUUAAGUUAAAAAACACGUAAUGCUCAUCUGAUAUUUAUUGUGGGGUGUUUAUAUUUGGGGAAGUUUUUUUAUUUAUAAGUUGAAUAUGACAGAUUGAAGUGCUUUGGCUGACAGUGGUCUGUUUGGAGUGGUGAACACACUUGGGCUGGUAAGGGGGCUUGAGGCAAAUGCUGCUGGCUUGUGAGUUUGAGUGUGAAUUAUGUUACUAGCAUUUUUUGGCGGUGGGGUCAUCCAGCGGGCAGCUGGAGUGUAAUUUUACAUGUAGAGUGAGGAAAGGACUAGCUGUCCUUUCAAAGACAGCUGGCUUGCUGAAAAUUGCUUCUUUUUAUACGACUGGUGUUAGACUGUAACUCUCCUUUGAUUUUCCUUAAGCGUUUACAGUUUUGUACUUCUUUGAAUAAGAAAAGUUUUUAAAAGUAUACCUUUUCCUUAGAAAGAUCCUAUUAACCUUAAAUCCAUGAAGGGGGAAGAAUACGGACUUGCAAACAUGAAGUUCGGCAGACUUGUGUUGGAGUUCUAGCCUCAUGAUCUGGGAGCUGUCACUCAGGGGCAAGUCACUUCCCAUUUCUGAGCUCCAGAAUGUUCAUCUCGCAAAAGGUUAUCACAGAGUUAAGGUGCUAAGCGCAUGCAGUCCAACAAGCCUGCCUUCUUGUUAUGUUUGAACAUAAGACUGAGAAUUUCAUUGUGUGACUGUCAGAGUAAGUGACUAAGCAAAGUUUGUUGCUUGUAGAAGUAGAUAUUAAGAUAAUGUUUCCGUGUUUCAGGUAUGAUUGUACUUUUCAAUUCCGUAUACUUCAAAGAAAGGCUUCUCUUGAUGUCUUAGUGGGUAAGAUGAUUGGGUAUUAGAAAGUGUUCUGAUUCAUCCUGGAAUAUCACAGCAGAAUGUGUCGUGUUUGCCCAUGACAAACAUUCCUGAAAUCAUUGACAGAUUGUGCUACUACUGCAGUUCAUAGUCUGGUGGGCUGAGAAGAUGGUCUGCGCCGUCCUGAAGACACUCGGUCCGUUCUGAUGGGACUGAGUCCAAUAUGAGUGGGAGUGAUGGAGGGAGACGACGCCUGGAGGACAGUGAGCACACACUACGGAUCUAUCCUGGCACGAUUGCGGAAGGCACCAUCUACUGCCCGGUCCCCGCUCGGAAGAGCUCUACAGCUGCUGAGGUGAUUGACUGUCUUAUAGACAGACUUCAUCUGGACAAAACAAAAUGUUACGUUCUAGCAGAGGUAAAGGAAUUUGGUGGAGAAGAAUGGAUACUCAAUCCAACAGACUGUCCAGUCCAGCGAAUGAUGUUGUGGCCUCGCUUGGCUCUGGAAAAUCGCUUGAGUGGAGAGGACUAUCGCUUCCUUCUGAGAGAGAAAAACCUCGACGGGUCGAUCCACUACGGUAGCCUGCAGUCAUGGCUGCGGGUGACGGAGGAGCGGCGCAGGCUGGUGGAGCGGGGUUUUCUGCCACAGCCACAGCAGAAGGAGUUUGAUGACUUGUGCAGUUUACCCGAUCUGAACGAGAAAACUCUAUUAGAAAAUCUGCGGAAUCGCUUUAAGCAUGAAAAAAUUUAUACCUAUGUUGGCAGUAUUCUGAUAGUUAUUAAUCCCUUCAAGUUUCUUCCUAUUUAUAACCCCAAAUAUGUCAAAAUGUACGAUAACCACCAGUUGGGCAAGCUUGAGCCACACAUUUAUGCGGUGGCGGAUGUAGCUUACCAUGCCAUGCUCCAGCGCAGGAGGAACCAGUGCAUUGUGAUUUCAGGAGAGAGUGGUUCUGGGAAGACCCAAAGCACGAACUUCCUUAUUCACCACCUGACUGCUCUCAGCCAGAAAGGGUUUGCAAGUGGAGUAGAACAAAUCAUUCUUGGGGCUGGACCAGUGCUGGAGGCCUUUGGAAAUGCAAAGACAGCUCAUAAUAACAAUUCAAGUCGCUUUGGCAAGUUUAUUCAAGUAAAUUACCAGGAAACAGGCACGGUACUUGGUGCCUACGUUGAAAAGUACCUUUUGGAGAAAUCCAGACUCGUUUACCAAGAGCAUAAUGAACGGAACUACCAUGUAUUCUAUUACCUGCUGGCAGGCGCGAGUGAAGAAGAGAGGUUAGCAUUCCACCUUAAACAGCCAGAAGAGUAUCACUAUCUCAAUCAGAUAACAAAGAAAGCCCUCAGACAGAGCUGGGAUGAUUAUUGCUAUGACUCUGAGCCGGAUUGUUUCACGGUAGAGGGAGAAGAUUUGAGGCAUGAUUUUGAACGGUUACAGCUGGCCAUGGAAAUGGUAGGAUUUCUUCCCAAGACACGAAGACAGAUCUUCUCUCUUCUCUCGGCAAUUCUACACUUGGGUAAUAUCUGUUACAAGAAGAAGACCUACCGGGAUGACUCCAUUGACAUCUGUAAUCCUGAAGUUCUGCCUGUUGUCUCAGAAUUGUUAGAAGUUAAAGAAGAGUUGCUGUUUGAAGCAUUAGUCACGCGGAAAACAGUGACAGUGGGAGAAAAGCUUAUUUUACCAUACAAGUUGGCAGAGGCUGUUACAGUGAGGAACUCCAUGGCUAAGUCUCUGUAUAGUGCGCUGUUUGACUGGAUAGUUUUUCGAAUUAACCAUGCACUGCUGAAUAGUAAAGAUUUGGAGCACAAUGCCAAGACUUUGUCCAUUGGUGUUCUUGAUAUUUUUGGAUUUGAAGAUUAUGAAAAUAAUAGCUUUGAGCAGUUCUGUAUUAAUUUUGCUAAUGAACGUUUGCAACACUACUUUAAUCAGCACAUCUUCAAAUUGGAGCAAGAGGAGUACAGAAUGGAAGGCAUCAGCUGGCAUAAUAUAGAUUAUAUUGAUAAUAGCUGUUGCAUAAAUCUCAUUAGCAAAAAACCAACAGGACUGCUCUAUCUUUUGGAUGAAGAAAGCAACUUUCCACAGGCUACAAAUCAAACAUUGCUAGACAAGUUUAAGCGUCAGCAUGAAGACGAUCCUUACAUUGAAUUUCCGGCAGUGAUGGAGCCUGCUUUCAUCAUUAAACAUUAUGCUGGGAAAGUAAAAUAUGGGGUAAAGGAUUUUCGGGAGAAAAACACAGAUCACAUGCGCCCAGACAUUGUAGCUCUUUUGAGGAGCAGCAAGAAUGCCUUCAUCUCUGGGAUGAUUGGAAUUGAUCCUGUUGCUGUUUUCCGGUGGGCAGUUCUCCGAGCUUUUUUCAGAGCUGUGGUUGCUUUCAGGGAAGCUGGGAAAAGACACAUUCAGAGGAAAAGUGGACAUGAUGAUACAGCGCCAUGUACACUUUUGAAAAGUGUGGAUAGUUUUAGCUUUCUCCAACACCCAGUCCACCAGAGGAGCUUAGAGAUUCUGCAGAGGUGCAAGGAAGAGAAGUACAAUAUAACUCGGAAAAGUCCCAGAACACCUCUUUCUGAUCUUCAGGGCAUGAAUGCUCUAAAUGAAAAGAACCAGCAUGAUACAUUUGAUAUUCCCUGGAACGUCAGACCUGGGAUUCGCCAGAGCAGACUGUCAAGUGCUUCCUUGCUUGAUAAAGAUGGAGUGUUUGCUAACUCAGCCAGCAGCAAGCUCCUGGAGAGAGCCCAUGGGAUUCUCACGAGGAGCAGAAACCCCAAGCCCAAGCCUGUCCUUCCAAAGCAUUUGUUGGAGGUGAACUCUUUAAAGCACCUGACAAGCCUGACUCUACAGGAUCGCAUAACCAAGUCUCUGCUCCACUUGCACAAGAAGAAGAAACCUCCCAGCAUCAGUGCCCAGUUUCAGGCAUCGUUAAGCAAACUGAUGGAGACACUUGGUCAAGCAGAACCAUACUUUGUAAAGUGUAUUCGCUCUAAUGCCGAAAAGCUGCCGUUAAGAUUCAAUGACGCCUUGGUACUUCGACAGCUUCGAUAUACUGGGAUGCUGGAGACAGUCCGAAUCCGUCAGUCAGGAUACAGCUGCAAAUAUUCUUUCCAGGAUUUUGUGAGUCACUUCCAUGUACUUCUUCCCCGAAAUAUUAAUCCAUCCAAAUUUAACAUCCAAGAUUUCUUCAAGAAAAUAAAUCUUAAUCCAGAAAAUUAUCAAGUUGGAAAAACCAUGGUCUUCCUGAAGGAGCAGGAGCGACAGCACCUGCAGGACCUGCUGCACCAGGAGGUGCUGCGCAGGAUUGUGCUGCUGCAGCGCUGCUUCCGGGCCCUGCUGUGCAGGCAGCAUUUCCUGCGCCUGAGACAGGCUGCCAUCAGGAUCCAGCGGUUCUGGAGGACCUGCCUCACUCAGAAGCAGGCUCGGGGUGAAGUAGUGCUGGAGGAUGCUGCAGCGAUGGCCAGCGCAGCUGCUCUUCUGCAGGCUUCCUGGCGUGCACGCUCGGAGCGGCAGCGCUACCUGGAGUUGCGGGCUGCGGCCAUCACCAUCCAGCAGUGGUGGAGGGUGCAACAGAGGCGCAGGCACAGGGCUGCCGUCUGCAUCCAGGCGAGGUGGAGAGGCUACAGGCAAAGCAAGCAGUACCAGGAGCACCGGAGCAGAAUCAUCCUCCUGCAGUCCACAUGGAGACAAAGAUUUAAAGCUUUAAAAGAGCAAAGACUCAGAGAGGCAGCACCAGAUCUUGAACUGAUGAAGAUCAAGGCACGUGGAGCUCUGGAAAUUCACGGUUCAGACCCUUCCAACUGGGAAGAUUGCUCUUUUGACAACCGAGGAAAGGCCAUAGAGGAGCAUAAAUCUGUGCUGGAGAGGAAUCGCACUAGUCAUGAAGGUUCAGAGAACUGCUCAAAGGAGUCCCCAGGCAAGCGACAGGAGAGAGCCAGAAGCCAGAGUGGUGUGGACUUGCAGGAGGAUGUGGUGGUCAGAGAGAGGCCCAAGUCCCUGGAGGAUCUGCAUCAGAAGAAAGCAGGCCGGGCAAAAAGAGAGAGUCGGAGGAUGAGAGAACUAGAGCAAGCUAUAUUUAGCUUGGAAUUGCUAAAAGUUCGUUCUCUUGGUGGGGUGUCACCUUCUGAGGAGCGCAGGUGGUCUACAGAACUGGUGCCUGAAGGUCUUCCCUCUCUGCAGGGCACACCUGACAGUGAGAGUUCUCAAGGAAGCUUGGAGCUUCUGAGUGCUGAGGACAGCCAGAAGAGCAAGCCAGGAUCUGGAACUGUAGAUGAAGGAGAUCUGCAGCUUUCAGCUCGAAAGACAACCAGCAGUCCGAAAGUUGGUUCACAGGACUACACCCUCAGUGCCUCCUGUGAGGUGAGCAAGGGGGCACCUGGAGACCCAGCACCCUUGAGGAGUAGCACUGGGAAGGAAAAAUUGGCCCACCGCUCUGAGCCUAUUACCUGUAAGCCACAGCCAAGAGACUCCUUUGUGUCGAAUAGUCUGCCUACAUUUUUUUACAUUCCCCAACAAGACCCACUAAAAACAAGUAGUCAACUAGACACAAGCGUCCAAAGAAGCAAACUCUUAGAAAGUGCAGACCCACUGGGGACAGCUGUUCCCUUCGACAGCAGCAGGGAAACUGAGAAGCGUUCCUUCUCAGCGGAGGAUCACGUUGCUCCGUCUGUGAAGACAGAGUCUGCGAGAACUGUGCUGAAGAAGUUAGAAAAGCUGAACAUGGAAAAGGAAGAAAGGCAAAAGCUGUUGCAUCAGCAAAAUGAGAAAGAGAUGAUGGAGCAGAUCCGUCGGCAGACAGAUAUCCUGGAGAAGGAGCGGAGAGCCUUCCAGACGGUGGAGCAGCCAACAGCUGGGGAGUCCUUCCUGGCACCGUCUUCCUCUCAGCCCAAGCAAAGAGCAGAGAGGCCUGCCUCUCUCUUUCUCCCAAAUGCCCCAAAUAAGGAAGAACUCGGUGCACGGGGAUCUCCAUCAGUAGCUGUAAAAGAUCCAGCUCGUGCCACAAAAGGCGGUCCCUCUGCUCACUUACCCAUAAAGGACCGGCCAGUGACCCUGUUCUUUGAAGGAAAAGGAGCCCCAUGCCAAUCUGGUACUGUCAGAGAAUCAUCCAAAACAUACAGAGUGGGCACCCAACAGAGUGUAACCUGUAAACCCUCCAAUAAUGGCGUUUCCAAAAGAGAGCACUUUAGGCCAACCCAGAAUUACGGCCACAAAUCUGAUGACCCUUCCAGAGAGGGAGAUACAAGGACCAUUUUCUUCACACCAAAGGACAAUAUGAAUGUUCCCCUUGUCAACAGAGAAGCCUUAGGCAGUGAAAACCCUCGUGCGUGUAGACAAGAGGAACCAGCUUGGAAACCUGUGAAAUUCACUGGGCCUGGCCAAGGAGAGACGUCACAGAGAUUUUCUUCAACUGAUGAACAAGCAAAGCUUCAUAAGGCUAUGUCCCAAGGAGAGAUCACGAAGUUGGCAGUGAGACAGAAAGCUUCAGAUUCAGAUCUAAGACCUCAGAGAGCUAGGAUGCGAUUCUGGGCCAAAGGGAAGCCGGGGGAGAGAAAGACUGCCCGAGUGAAGCCUGCCCCACAGUCGGAUGUCUCCACACACUUGGGUGCAGACGAAUUACCUCAGCAUCAUACAGCACCUCCUUUGAGCCCAGAACUGCCUGGUAGUUCCCACAAGGAGUUCAAAGAAAACAAAGAACCUUCUCCAAAGGCCAAACGCAAGCGAAGUGUGAAGAUCAGCAGUGUGGCUUUGGAUUCUGUGCAUUGGCAAAAUGACUGUGUCCAGAUCAUAGCAAGUACCAGUGAUUUAAAAAGCAUGGAUGAGUUUCUUCUCAAAAAGAUGAAUGACUUAGAGAAUGAAGACAGCAAGAAGGACACACUGGUGGAUGUGGUAUUUAAAAAGGCCCUGAAAGAAUUCCGACAGAAUAUUUUCAGCUUUUAUUCAUCUGCAUUGGCGAUGGAUGAUGGGAAAAGCAUACGGUAUAAAGACCUGUACGCCCUGUUUGAGCAAAUUCUGGAAAAGACCAUGAGGCUUGAGCAGCGUGACUGGAGCGAAUCUCCAGUGAGAGUUUGGGUCAACACUUUUAAAGUGUUUUUAGAUGAAUAUAUGAACGAAUUCAAGACUUCGGAUUGCAUAGCCAUAAAGGUACCGAAAACAGAAAGAAAGAAAAGAAGGAAAAAAGAAACUGAUUUGGUGGAAGAGCACAAUGGUCACAUCUUCAAGGCCACUCAGUAUAGCAUCCCUACCUACUGUGAAUACUGUUCUUCUUUGAUAUGGAUAAUGGACCGAGCCUCUGUUUGCAAAUUGUGUAAAUAUGCCUGCCACAAAAAGUGCUGCCUAAAAACCACAGCCAAGUGCUCCAAAAAGUAUGAUCCAGAACUGUCAUCACGCCAGUUUGGGGUUGAGCUGUCCCGCUUGACCAGUGAAGACCGAGCUGUUCCAUUGGUGGUGGAGAAGCUCAUCAACUACAUUGAGAUGCACGGGUUGUACACAGAAGGCAUCUACCGGAAGUCCGGUUCCACGAAUAAGAUUAAGGAGCUUCGGCAAGGUCUAGAUACAGAUGCGGAGAGUGUAAACCUAGAUGACUAUAACAUACACGUCAUUGCAAGCGUGUUCAAACAAUGGCUUCGGGAUUUGCCCAAUCCACUCAUGACUUUUGAACUCUACGAGGAAUUUCUUCGAGCUAUGGGCCUUCAGGAGAGGAAGGAGACCAUCCGCGGGGUGUACUCUGUAAUUGACCAGCUCUCCCGAACUCAUCUCCACACACUGGAACGCCUCAUCUUUCAUCUGGUCAGGAUCGCUCUACAGGAAGACACAAAUCGAAUGUCUGCUAAUGCUUUGGCCAUUGUGUUUGCACCCUGCAUUCUCCGCUGUCCUGACACCACCGACCCACUGCAAAGUGUGCAGGACAUCAGUAAGACCACCACCUGUGUGGAACUGAUUGUUGUGGAACAAAUGAAUAAAUACAAGGCUCGCCUCAAAGACAUCAGUAGCCUGGAAUUUGCUGAGAAUAAGGCAAAGACCAGGCUGUCGCUGAUUCGCAGGUCAAUGGGAAAGGGACGUAUCCGCCGGGGAAACUAUCCGAGCCCAUCCUCUCCUGUGGUGGUUCGAUUGCCUUCCAUGUCUGAUGUCCCAGAGGAGCCUCUGAGUGGCGAGGCCGCCAUGGACACUGACCUCACUGAGCAGCAGCAGGCGGCCAUGCAGCAGGAGGAACGAGUACUGACAGAGCAGAUUGAGAAUCUGCAGAAGGAGAAGGAGGAGCUGACAUUUGAGAUGCUUGUGCUGGAACCCCGCGCCUCUGAUGAUGAAACCCUCGAGUCCGAGGCUUCCAUCGGGACUGCUGACAGCUCAGAGAAUUUGAAUGUGGAGGCUGAGGGUGCCCUCUCUGAGAAGCCAGAGAGAAGCUCAGCCCUUAUUGGCUCCCUGAAGGCCACUGGCAAGCCCAGUCCAUCGAGCAAGUUGCGAAAGCAGCAGAAGCCGCAACCAGAAGCCGUGGAUUCAGUGGACUCCUCGGUUCCUUCCUGUCCAGCUAGCACUGCAUCCUCUCACGGGACCAGAAAACGAUUUCAGAUUUAUUCCAAAUCUCCCUUCUACCGAGCUGCCUCGGCUGGAGAGGCCCAGGAGGGAGUCCCGAGCCCCAGCAGAGUGCUGGAAGACAGGCCUCAGUUCAUCAGCAGAGGAACCUUCAACCCUGAAAAGGGCAAGCAAAAAUUAAAAAAUGUGAAAAACUCACCUCAGAAAACCAAAGAGACCCCAGAAGGGACAGUCACAUCUGGGCGCAGGAAGCCUGGGGACCCCGACUGCAGUUCGACUCCACAGUUAGCGCUCCUGGGGAGUCACGAGUUCAUGGUGUGAGGUGGCGACUGUGUGUCCCAUCCCCUCGUCUGCAGCUGCCCCUCCUGCGCGGGGCCCUGCCUGCUGCCUGAGCCUGUGGCUGAGACCCCUGUGGCACAGGGGAAAGGCCUGAGGCUGCUGUGGCUGCCGGGACUUGAGGCCUCACUAAACCAAGCCAUCCGGAGCCUGGGUCAGUACAGUGGCCUUUGUGGGCCUGAGACAGUCUCUGACAUUUGAAGGAAAUGCAGAAAUCUUUGUUAAUCAUGAAUGCACAAGGCAUUGGGUUCACUUUGGGAUGGUUAGAAGCUGGAGUAAAAAAUUAUCUUCUUCCCAGGGUUUUACACAAAAACCUAAGUCCCCUAUUUUAGGAUUUUUGAAAAACAAUCCAUGUUCUAUUCUGGAGAAAGCGAACAAACAGCUGUGUCCAGGAGGCACUGGGCAUGUGAGCAGGGCUCAGGUGUUAUCGGGGUGCUGGCUACAGCGUCGGCGCCAUGCUCCAGCCAGAUCCAGGGGUUCCUCCACAGGAGGGCUCCCCCUUGGUCCUCCAGCUUUCCUCCAUUGCUGAGCCCAGUCACCUGCUGGUGGCCCUGCCCACCACAGAUCCACACAGUGUGACCCUCUGUCACUUCCCCAAAUAGUCCCAUACACCAUUGCAUGAACAAGUGUUAGAGAGCUGCCAAAACGUGUUAUGUUUUUAAUAUGAUCUAUCUAACUUCUAUCUUCUUUCCUCAUAAUAUCAGUAUUAAAUAGAUGACAAAAAAUCAAGGAUGACUUGAAGCUAUUUUUGUUAAUAUUCAGUGACUGAAGUUUACUGUAAAUAUAUAUAUAUAUAUGUAUAGGAUGCACAUUUCUUUUUAACCUCCGCUUCCCUCCUUCCUCGUGCAGUUUCUUCCCACAGAUGAGGGGCUGUGACUGGGCUGGAAAGAAAAAAAGUGAAGCCAUCUUUGUCACUGCCAUUGGUCACCUAAGUUACAAGAAUACUUUAAGCAUCUUGGCAUUUGUGGCACUGGACAUCUGCUUUUGCUAUUUAUGAUAUCUGAAAAAUGAAACAUAAUGCCCUUCAGAGAAGUCCAUAAAAUGUUGAUUCAUACAGUCACUAAAUACAUCUGUGUAAUGGCCACACGCACUCCUAAAUAAGAGCCUGUGCCGUCUAGCCUCUUUUUUGCCCUUCCUGUCCUUGCCUGUUAGAAGUUAGGGGAUGCUCAGUCUUGUGUUAGGACAGAGGCCCCUGGUCCCCAGCACUGAGCCUCCUGUGCUGCUUGGCGCGUCUGAGUCCCUCUGAAUGGCAGCUGCAAGCAGUGGCCUGGCUUCUCCUGGCCGGGCUCCCUCUCUGCCCAGUCUGCAGACGGUGAGGCUCCUGCAGCAGAGAUGGGCUUACGCCACACGAACACCUGCCAUCCUGCCCUGGUGUUCCCAGAGCCCCUUGUGGGGAGGGCCUCUCCUAGAGGACCCCCACCCAGCUGUGGUCAGCAUUGUGGGGACAGGGGAGCACUCUCAGGCACUGCUGCUCCCCACUUACUGCACGGUGUUACUAAAGCACUGUUGAAAGAGGCGUCACCCUUGCAGGGUGCUUUGCCAGCCCCCAGGAAUGGCCCGAAGAACAUCCUGGCACUUGGUUCUCCCUUGUAAAUGUGCGUGGCUUUGGCCGUUUAAAAACUACUUACUAUACUAUAGGUCACUUUAUAGAAAACUAGGUGAUGGAUGUUAAGAGACUUUAUAAUUUUGCUCAGGGACCUAAAACCUGAUUUUGGAUUAAAACUAAAUAAAAACUAUUGUUUUCUCCUUUA